AUGUCGUACUCCAUCUCUCCGCCACCCCAGACACCUUCGAUUGCUUCGGCUCCCGAGGACAAUGGGGGUGGCGUCGGCUCUGGUGUUGUGACCCCCUCGACUGCCCGUAGGAAACCACAUCGCAUCUCUCAACCACUCAAAUGCGAACGAUGCGGGUACAUCCUGCACGUAUUUCCGAAGGAGGACGCUUCCACGAAGCUUGCAAGCCACCACCGGAGCGUUCGCUGUCAGAAGGCGGCCAGGGCAAGAAUCAAUAAGCUGGUACGAGCAGGAGCAGAAACCGCUAAGCUGGCUCCCUUUACUCCCCCCAAAACCGGAAGCUUGCGCGACGUUGCCGAUGACAACGACGAAGAUGAGGACGUGGGGACGCAAAGGCUGCAUCCGAAAGACGCACCACAGCCUUGCUAUCAAUGUGGCGCCGACAUCGAGCCGACCGAGGCUCGCUACCAUGUCGGUCGGCACAUCCUGCGGGCUCUCUUGGGAGUGAACGAGAAGCUGAGGACAGAGGUUAAUCCUGCCUCUGCUUGUGGAUUCUGCGGACGCAGCGGGACGUGCAAACUCAUUCUACCAGACGAGGCUCUCCAAGCACCGCCCGACGCCCAGGACGUCAUGCUCAUCUUCUCUUGCAAGAGAGCUUGCAUGUCAUCGCACGACCAGGUGAAAAGAUACACGUCCAAGAAUUGCUCGACAAAUGUCCCGGUUGCAUGCGCCUUCUGCCUCGACUCUUAUGACGCGGUUGUCGAGGGUGCCGUGCACUGGAAGUUCAGCAUCUUCCAUCACAUUCAAACAGUACACCCGGAGUACUGGGACCAUGUCGCACAACGCGUCGUGAAUAUCCCGGAGACGUUUGUGCCUUUCAUCUCUGUGAGCCAGAGGGAGCUGCGGGAGGUCGCACCGGACGCUCCUCUGCCGUAUCCUGGUCCGGUCACUAGCAAGUAG